UUGUUGACAGCCUGUCAGAAUCGGUUUCUUCAACACAAACAUUACAUUUUGUUGUAACAUGUCAUGCAUUGUGUUUUGAACAGGUCGUACAGCCAUGUGACACUAACUGUGUUGGUAUUCUUUUCAAGUGAACGGCUCUGGCAGGAGCACGUUUGUCUGGGCUAACGAGAACAGCUAAACAGUUAGCCACGUUACGUCAUUACCUUCAAUAAAUGCUAAACACUUCAGAAUGCACUAAAGCGCCUUUCCCCUAUGUGCCCGUGUACAGUGUGCAGUCUGAGAUCGAGGUGCUCCAGUCCAUCUACCUGGACGAGUUACAGGUCACCAGUACUAGUGAUGGCAGCCAGGCGGUGAGCCUGGUCCUCUACCCCUCCACAGCCGAGGACUCGGUCUCCCAGUUUGUCCGCCUCACUCUGAAACUGACGCUCGACCAGCAGUACCCCUCGUCCCCGCCCUCCAUCUCCAUCCAUAACCCUCGGGGACUCUCUGACGACAUGCUCAGCAGUGUCCUCAGUAGCCUCCAAGCUGAAGCGGAGUCCUGUUUGGGGUCCCCGGUGUUGUAUCAGCUCAUAGAGAAAGCAAAAGAGAUUCUGACUGAAAGCAAUAUUCCUCACGGGAACUGUGUCAUCUGCCUGUAUGGCUUCAAGGAGAGCGAGGCCUUCACCAAGACCAGCUGCUACCACUACUUCCACGCCCACUGCCUGGGUCGCUACGUCACCCACUCGGAGGAGGAGGUCUGCCAGCGGCAGAAGGAGCAGGAGCAGGACAAGACGCAGCAUCCAGCGGAACGACAGGGGCUGAUGGUCGUCUGCCCUGUGUGCAGAGAGCCCUUGACGUACGACGCUGGCCAGCUGCUGUCCUCGCCUGCACCCCUCUUUCCCCAGCAGGAGGGAGCCGCGAUGGGGACGGACUUCGUCCAGAAGUGGCGUGAGCUGCAGGAGCUUCUGGAGAGGCAGAGGGCCAAGGGAGGCAUCAUCGACCCCGACGUGGAGUCCAACCGGUUCCUCAUCCACAUCAACGAGGUGCCUUCUGAAGGGGAGAACGGUGACCAGGAGGCAGUCGUCCCCCCGGGCUUCGCCUCCGCCGUACCCGCCGAGGAUGUCCGUAUCCCGGGCGACCAGGCGCGCGGGGCCCCGUGGCCCUGCAGAGGGGGGCCGGGCCAUCGGCGCCACGGGCCGUUCAGGGGGCCCCGGAGAGGGGGCCGGGGUAGGCCUCACCCCCCCUCCGGGAGACCCUCGCCCCCGACCGAAGGCCUCGACAAGCUCCAUCUCCCCUCCGACGGCGGCGCCCACCCCCUCCCCUCUGCCCAAGGGCCUCUCCGACCCAGGCCCCGUGGCCCUCCGAAGGGGCCCGACGCGGAGCCGGCUCCCGCAAACACCGACAAGGAAGACCCAGCCGGCCGCGAGCACCCAGAGCCUCCGGACUCCGCCGACAAACCGCCGCUGAGGCAGCCGACCCCGGGGGACCCGGACCCCCCCGCGGCCGACGGAGAGCCGGACGGCGGCCCGGACAAACGGGGACGGAGGAGGGGCCCCCGGCCGGGCCAAUGGCACGACAGGCCCGAGAGGCACGCUAGGGGAACGAACCAAUGGGACCCUCAGGGGGGGUGGCAUCCUCGCUGGGAGGGGCGGGGCUCUGGGUGCAGGGGGGGCGGGCCCCGCCGGGGUCCCAGCAGAGGCUCCUCCCACCAGAAGGUGCAGGAGAGAGACGCUGGGCGUGAGGAGGUGCUAUGACGAAGGGCCACGGGAGGGCCAGAUGCUGUGUGGGCCUCCAUGCUCCCCUCAUGUAGAACAAAGCCCUGCGCCAGAACUGCCCUUCGUUGUCGUGACAUCCUGUCUCCCUCUGCACUGCUUCUGUACGCCGCUGUGGUACGCACACUCAUGCACACUUGUAUAGAUUGCAGACGGUCGUUGGUGUCUAUUGUGCGACAACGUGACUCAAAACAACCAGUGACUGAAAUAAACGUUGUUGGGAGAUA